CACGCAGAGAGAGAGAGAGACAGAGAGAGAGAGAGUCAUAUCACCGGAUGAUCGCAAUGGCAUUUGUAGGAGACGACGUGUGAACAGACAGAUGCUCUGUUCCAAGAAAGUCCGAAUCCUUUGCGCUCGUUGUUGAAGCAUACCCAUCAAGAAUACCCUUUUCACAUGUAGCAGCAGUUGCAAUCAAGACCACCCAACAGCAUGAACAAGAAGGGGUUGGCCAUCUUGAUGAGAGCCAGGAUGAGGCCCAGUGAUUCCAGCAGCAAGAUCUCUCUUUCCCCUCUCGCUGUAAUCACUUCCCAGAGAAAUUGAACCGGGCGACACCUGAUAGUCAAGCAAAUCAAUCCGGUGGAAGUGACAUGGAACCUGCUUCAGAUAAAGGAAAUGAUCAGACCAACUUCUCAUGCCAAAAUAAAAGGGCGUUUGAGCUUGUGAAGGAGUCGAUGCACUCGGCAAUAUCGAUGAACAAAACAGAGGUUUUGGAUGCUGUGCUCAAUGAUUUCACGGAGGGUUAUGUUAGCCUUUCUGGAGAAAGCCGUAAGGCGUUGUUGCUUUUGCUUGCCAAAGAGUAUGAUCUCAAUAGAGCACAAGUGCGGGAAUUGAUAAAGCAGUAUCUCGGACUUGAGCUUCCAAAAGCUGAUGCAGCUGAAGAGGGUAAUGUUGUGGAGGAAAGCUUGCUUUCUCCGUUCUAUCGUAUAGAGAGAAACUUGAGACAUGCUCUUAAGCCAACAUAUGAAGUUCUUUUUGAGAGAUUGAACACGCAUCCUGGAGGGUUGAAGUUCUUGUCUAUCCUUCGAGCUGAUAUACUGUCGAUUCUCGCAGAGGAAAAUAUACCAUCCCUGCGAGCACUGGAUUCCUAUUUGAAGGAGAAACUUGGCACGUGGCUUAGUCCUGCUGCUUUAGAGCUUCAUCAAAUCACAUGGGAUUAUCCUGCUUCUUUGCUAGAAAAGAUUGUGGCCUACGAGGCUGUGCAUCCUAUCAGCAAUCUUCUAGAUCUUAAGAGAAGGUUGGGCGUGGGACGUCGUUGUUUUGGAUAUUUACAUCCAGCAAUACCUGGAGAACCUCUCAUAUUCAUUGAAGUUGCACUUUUGAAAACUGUGGCUCAGACAAUACAGGAGGUUUUGUGGGAUGAUCCUCCCAUACUUGAGCAUGAAGCAACAUGCGCAUUGUUUUACUCUAUAUCGUCAACUCAGCCUGGUUUGACAGGGAUCAACCUUGGAAAGUUUCUUAUUAAACGAGUCAUCACACUGGUGAAACGAGACAUGCCUCAAAUUUCUAUAUUUGCUACUCUCAGCCCAAUCCCAGGGUACAUGCAAUGGCUACUCUCUAAGUUGGCAUCUCAAUUAAAGCUGGCCGAAACAGAUGAUGCCACACGUACAUCAUCUGAUCAAUCUGGCUCAUCAUUCUGCGAAAAUAUACUUGAACCAGAAGAGGAAAGGGCGCUCUUGAAAUUGUCUGAGGAAUACAAAGCAAUGAAAAAUGGAAUGGAAGUGAUGUUUAAUUUGCUGACCACAAAUGACUACACAUGGGCCAACUCACCUGAAAUGGUUUCAGUAUUGAAGCCUCCACUCAUGCGGCUCUGUGCCAGGUACCUUUUGCAAGAGAAAAAGAGAGGCAAGGCAUUAGACUCUGUGGCCAAUUUUCACUUGCAAAAUGGAGCGAUGGUUGAAAGAAUAAAUUGGAUGGCAGAUCGGUCAGAGAAAGGACAGCGACAAAGUGCUGGCAUCAUGGUAAACUAUGUGUAUAGGCUGGAGAACAUUGAGGAAAAUGCUCAGUCAUAUUUCAGUACAGGGCAAAUACAUUCCUCAGAUGACAUCCUUGAAUAUGUAAAGGGGGUGGAGGUAUGAAUAAUGCAGCUGGGAAGGUUGCAUAGUAAUCCAAGUAAGUUGUUUUUGCGCAUCCGAAGGAGAAUAUGAGCGAGCUUAGUUAUGCAAGAGCAUUGCUCAUCACAAUCAACUCACAGGGAUGGUAGCAACAUAUAACUCCGGAAGCAAUACCGUAAUUUAGGUGUUCUAUGGUAUUUCUCAUUGUAUUCAAACCAUUAAUGGAGGUUUAAGAUAUGACCUUUUAAAGCAUGUUCAUUUUCUCAUGAA